UCCCCCGCCUCCUCGGCCAAAGGCCGGAGGCCCGGCGGGCUGCCCGAGAGAAGAAGAGCACCGCCCGCGGGGGACGAGGCGCUGGGGGGCUACGGAGCGCCCCCAGUAGGCAAGGGCGGCAAAGGCGAGAGCCGGCUCAAACGGCCAUCCGUGCUCAUUUCGACGCUCACCUGGAAGCGCCUGGUGGCCGCGUCUGCCAAGAAGAAGAAAGGCAGCAAGAAGGUGACGCCCAAGCCAGCGUCCACUGGCCCGGACCCCUUGGUCCAGCAACGCAACCGCGAGAACCUACUCCGCAAGGCCCGGGAUCCCCCCGACGGCGGCGGCCCCACCAAGCCCCUGGCCGUGCCGGUGCCCACAGUGCCCGCGGCCGCCGCCACCUGCGAGCCGCCGUCGGGGGGUAGCGGGGCCGCCCCGCCGCCAGGCUCGGGCGGGGGAAAGCCGCCGCCGCCACCCCCAGCCCCUCAGGCGGCGCCACCGGUGCCGGGCGGCUCGCCACGGCGGGUCAUCGUGCAGGCGUCAACGGGCGAGCUGCUGCGCUGCCUGGGCGACUUCGUGUGCCGACGCUGCUACCGCCUCAAGGAGCUGAGCCCCGGCGAGCUGGUGGGCUGGUUCCGCGGAGUGGACCGCUCGCUGUUGCUGCAGGGCUGGCAAGACCAGGCCUUCAUUACGCCUGCCAACCUGGUGUUCGUGUACCUGCUGUGCCGCGAGUCGCUGCGCGGGGAUGAGUUGGCGUCGGCCGCCGAGCUGCAGGCUGCCUUCCUCACUUGCCUCUACCUCGCCUACUCCUACAUGGGCAACGAGAUCUCCUAUCCGCUCAAGCCCUUCCUCGUGGAGCCCGACAAGGAGCGCUUCUGGCAACGCUGCCUGCGCCUCAUCCAGCGGCUCAGCCCGCAGAUGCUGCGGCUCAACGCCGACCCCCACUUCUUCACGCAGGUCUUUCAAGACCUCAAGAAUGAGGGCGAGGCCGCCGCCGGCGCCGGGGGUCCACCCAGUGGGGGUGCGCCCGCGACCCCCGUCUCCUCCUCGGCCGCCAGGGACAGCUGCGCGACCGGAGCCAAGCACUGGACUAUGAACCUGGACCGCUAG